AUGUCGCGACGUGCACCUCCACCGAUUGAAGGACUUUAUUCUCUGAAGGUUGACAACAUCUCUUAUAAUACAACACAAGCUGAUCUUCGAAGAAUGUUCGACAAAUAUGGCGAGAUUGGCGAUAUUCAUAUUCCCAGAGACAAAUACACACGUCAAAGCAAGGGUUUCGGAUUUGUGCGAUUUUAUAGCCGCCGUGAUGCAGAGUACGCAAUGGAUCGCACUGAUGGACGCUGGGUCGAAGGGCGCGAAAUUCGCGUUGCAAUGGCGCGUUAUGAGCGGCCAAUCGACGAGAGAGGGGCUUACACAAGGCGUGGCAGGUAA